CCAAAGCUGCCCCGCGCUCCUCCGCCCCCGACUCGGGAGCUGCGACCUCGGGUCCACCAGCCUGGAGCUCCACCGAACCCGAGUUGAUGAAAACUCUCGGACCUGCCUCCGCGGCGGGGAGCCAUGAGCUGUCUGGAUGUUAUGUACCAAGUCUACGGUCCUCCGCAGCCUUAUUUCGCAUCCGCCUACACUCCCUACCACCAGAAACUAGCUUAUUACUCCAAAAUGCAGGAAGCACAUGAGUGCAGUGCCAGCCCCAGCAGCAGCAGAAGCGGCAGCUCUUCGUUUUCCAGCCAAACCCCAGCCAGUAUAAAAGAGGAGGCAGGCAGCCCAGAAAAAGAGCACCAACCAGAGGCCGAGUACAUCAACUCUCGCUGCGUCCUCUUCACCUAUUUCCAGGGGGACAUCAGCUCCGUGGUGGACGAACAUUUCAGUAGAGCCUUGAGCCAGCCAAGCAGCUAUUUCCCUGGUUGUGCCAGCAGCAAAGCACAAAGGAGCUCUGGGCCCUGGAGAGACAGCUCCUUCCCGAUGAGCCAGCGCAGCUUCCCCGCCUCCUUCUGGAACAGUGCGUACCCGGCGCCGGUGCCCGCGCCGCUGGGCAGUCCUCUGGCCGCCGCGCACUCGGAGCUGCCCUUCGCCCCCGACCCCUACUCUCCCGCGGCGCUGCACGGCCACCUGCACCAGGGCACGGCCGAAGCCUGGCACCCGCACCACGCGCACUCGCACCCUUACGCGCUGGGCGGUGCCCUCGGAGCCCAGGCCGCCGCCUACCCGCGGUCCGCCGCGGUGCACGAGGUCUACGCUCCGCACUUUGACCCGCGCUACGGGCCCCUGCUCAUGCCCGCUACCUCGGGGCGCCCGUCCCGCCUCGCCCCCGGCCCGGCACCCGUGCCCGGCAGCCCGCCCUGUGAGCUCUCCAAGGGCGAGCCUGCCGGCGCCGCCUGGGCCACUCCUGGGGCACCCUUCGUGAGCCCUGUAGGGGAAGUGGCUCCUGGCCUGGGCCUCAGCGUGGACUCUGCUCAUCGCUUCUCACUCUGCAGUGUGUCCCUUCUGAGUUGAUCUACUGACCCAGGGUUUUCUCUCCCUCUUCCCUCCAACCAGCCGUGGAGGCUCAGCAUCUGUGCCUCUCAGUUCAUGGAUGAGGACAUGAGGAAGACAGAGACUUCAAACUCUCCAUUUGUUGGGAAAACCAAAAGCUACAUUCACAGAAAUGUUGUCUCAAAUUAACCCUUUUUGCUAAAUGAGCAGAUCUACAGACUCUGAAUUAUGUUUAAUGACUUCUGGCUGAAUCCCUGGAAAUAUCUGUGGUGUGAUUGCUUAGUCAGGUGAUAGAGUAUCAUAGCCUUUCUUAGAACUGGGGGGAAAAAAAAGACCUUUUUGUGUGAACAUUUUUUAUGCUGAUGUGAAUUAUUUCAGUAAGUAGUGUGAUCAUAGCACUACUGCCAUAUCAGAUUUAAAAAUUAUUUGUAUCUGCAACGAAGACUGUGGUGAAGAAGUAAAAAGAAGCCAGUUCCUUCUUCCUCGUGGCCCAGCCUCCAGCUCCCUCACCAUAACACCCACUCCAGACAGAAAGACAGACACUUUCUUUUGGACUGUGAACAUGGAAACCUCAGUCUGAAUCUCAGUAGCAAGUGGCUGAUCUGGAGCCAGCUGCCCAAGUUCUAUGCAGCUGUUGUAGGACAACUGUUUAAAACUCCAGAAAUAUAUACACCAAGGUGGCACUUCCCAGUGUCUGACAGAAUAAUUACAAUUGUGCUGGAUAUAUUUUAUAUAUAAAUCUGUAUAUAUAGAUAUAUGUAUCAUCUUUUUUAUAAGAAACAUUUUACAAUGAAAGAAGAAACCCUGCUCUGCCUUCUCUCCCACAAAUCUUGUCCCUGUAGGUGAAAAUGCAACAAGAGACCCAGACUGUCUCCAUGAAGAGGAACAAGGAAUCAUCACAAGGGCAAGAAAUGUCCAUGGAGUCAGUAAUACUGUCAAUAUUUUUCUCAGUCUUUGAAUUUGUGUUGGGUCAGAGAAAAUGCUGUUGUGGGCAAAGGUGAUGAGAAAGAAAUGAGCAUUAAAGAUGUUUGUUUAUGUGACUACA